AAUUUUGAGGUUGAGCUGUGUAACUAAGUUGUUUCGGCACCCCAAACCGCAGUAGUCUUUGCUCGGAACUUAAACUGUCGCCGCUCAACCCACAGCUUAUAAAAUAUAGAGGGAGUCGCAUAACUACGAGAACAGCGCAAAACCCACCGCAGAUCCACAAAAAAAGCAUUUCUACCAUGGGUUUCCCGGACAAGGCAGAGCGAACAAAGUGCUGGAACACGCGUGACGAUUACUGGAAGUGCUUGGACUCAAACGCGCCUAAGCACAGCUCCACGAGCGGCGAAAAGGUGCCCAACGCUUGCAAAGAUUUGCGCAAAGCCUUUGAGUCGUCCUGCCCCGGCCAGUGGGUGAAACACUUUGACCGCAAACGCACAUACGAGCAGUUCAAGGAAAAGAUGGCAAGCGGCUACGAUCCACUGGAUGAGCGUUCCAAUGGCGAGAAGCCAGCGAAAUAAAAGCCGGCACCGGUGUUGGUCGGGUCUGAGUCAGUCGGACGGUCGGUUGUUACGCUAUGUUUUUGUAUCGUUAUAGUAUAGUAUAAAUUAAAACAAAUAACAAUCUA